AUGCAGGUUGUAAAUUUGGAACUAAAAAAAUGCACAUGUCGUCGUUUCGAUCAUGAGAAAAUACCAUGCAUCAAUGCAAUCGCAGCUGUAGAGCAUAAGGAUGUGUCUCGUAUAUCCCUGUGCGAUCCGAAAUUUAUGAGUGUCGAUUUGGUUAACGGAUGGGGUGGUUCAAUCAUGCCUCCAAAUGAAUCAGUCCCGGUUCCUGUUGCUGUGGAUAUUCAACCGUGCUUGCCUCCGAUUGUUGUGAACCCGCAAGGAAGACCCAAGAAGCGUAGGAUUAAAUCAUCUUUGGAAGUGGCCAUUGGAAAAAAACGUCCUAGGAAGCAACACGCAAGUUCGCGAUGUAAGCAAGUUGGGCACAAUGUGAAAAAUUGUCGGAUGUAG